CUGAAGCUGGUUUCAGACUUUCAGGAAGCGGAAGCAGGAAUGUUGGAGUGUUUUUUAGAAAAGUUUGGAGUCUGGACACUUUGACAGUUUCGGGAGCAGAGACAUACGCUGCGGAGAAACAUGACGGUGUGCUACCCUGUUGCUGAUGUUACUGUAGAGUUCUCACUCUGCUCUGACUGACUGAAACUAUCCACACACAGACAUGGAGAGUGGAGCUCUGGAAAUUGAAACCACUACUAUUCCAGAUCCCCGGAAGCAGCCAAACUGCAGCAUAGCCUCUCUGCGGCGCCGGGCAUGGGCUCAGAGCAAAGAUUCCAUUUGGCACGAAUCAGACCAGGAGCACAGUGGCCCCCAGAGUCCUGAAGAGAACCAGAGCGACGGAGAUGCACAGACAGCCUCAGAAGAAGCAGGGCAAGUUCCUAACAAGAUCACCAGCUGGCUGAUAGAAUGCGGGACUCCCAUUAGAGCCUCUCUAGAUGAUCAGAGUGCUUCUCCCAACAGAGGAGUGCUGAGGAACGGCUGCAGCUUUGAAGAUGACCUUUCGCUGGGAGCUGAAGCCAACCAUCUUCAGUCCAGUAACAAGAAAGCUGAUUCCUGUUUUGGCUUUGCUGCGGAACAGAAGAGGAGUCAGUAUAAGGAAAGAGGAAGAAGUAUGAACUCGACAGGAUCUGGGAAGAGCAGCACCGUGUCCAGUGUGUCAGAGCUGUUGGACCUAUACGAGGAGGAUCCUGAAGAAAUUUUAUUAAAUCUUGGCUUUGGUCGAGAAGAACCCGACCUCGCCUCGAAGGUUCCUUCCAGGUUUUUGAAUGGCUUCUCCUCCGCACGAGGCAUUGACAUCAAGGUUUACCUGGGAGCCCAGAUGCAGCGCAUGGAGCUGGAGAACCCCAACUACGCUUUGACGAGUCGAUUCCGUCAGAUCGAGGUCUUAACCACAGUAGCUAACGAGUUCUUCCAGCUCUACAGUCAGGUCUCUGGUCAACCUGUUGAACGUAUCAGCUCCAGGGACCAAGGAGAUGGAGGAGAAGAAAAACCUGAUGAGCCAUCGCCUGUUCUGAAGAGAGGAAGCUCAGCUCGGAAUGUCGCCAAAUUCCUCAAGAAAACCAUCACCAAACACAACCUGCUUGCGGCUGCAUCACCCGAAGAUCAAGCACCUAGCAAGCAAACACGGCUGAAUGGACACACACCCUCUGAUAACUUGCUCACCAAUGGUCACACAAAUGUGGGUCCAGAACAGGACACCCCCACUACCAAUCCUGACCACCAGGUGGAGACAGCCAGCCAGAAACAUAACCGCAAGAAAGACAGCUGUUCCUUGGCAACUGUUACAGAAGAAACCAAUGGGGAUGGAGAAAAGGAUUGCCUGACGGACAACAAUCCUCAACAGAGCCAGACUCGACCAGCAACCAAUGGAGAGUGUCAACCAGGGUCAGCUGAUCUUCAGUCCACCAAUCAGAGAACAGAAGUGGGACCUCGGGUGGUCAAAGAGGAAAAGAGUCUGACCUCAACGCCAGUGAAAGCUCCGCCAGUGAAAGCUCCUCAGACUCUGACCCCACCUCAGCUGGCCCAACUUCGUAAUGAAAAUGCAGAGUCCUUCGAUAUGGAGGAGAUCCAGAGUAACGAUGAUGAGGGUCUGCCAUCCAGAACUUCCAGAGCCACAGAUCUCUUAAGGACAGUCAGUCAGCAGUCGGACAGCAGUGGUUUUGCUGAAGAGCCUUCAGCAGACUCCAACAGCUACCUCAAGGUACAGGAAAGUUGUGACAGCUGUGACAGCGAGACAACUGUGACAUCGCACCCAUCCCAAGAUGUGGCCACGCCCCUUGCUGUGGACCAACCAGCAUUUGAUUUGCCAGAUUGCAGAGGAGAGGAGCCAGAGCCUGGUGGUGCUGGUGGUGCAGCUAAUGGAAGGAGUAGCUCCAGGGAAGAAGAUGGGGAGAAUGAAAGUUCAGAGCAGAUUCUACAGUAUACAGCUCACUAUUUCCCCAAGAACAAACCAAUAGAAAUUCAGCAGGACACAACCCAAGAGGACGAGAACCCAGCUGUAGAGGGGGACAGAACUGAUCCACAAGAAGAGACAGAACCAGAAACACAACAAGUAAUAGAAACAGAAACACUAGUAAUAGAAACAGAAACACAGCAAGUAAUCGAAACAGAAACGCAACCAAAUUUGGAACUACAAAUUGAACCACUACCAGACACAGAAACAGAGGUUCCCCAUAGUAUGUCUGCUGCAGAGAAUGAACCACAACUCACUCAGAACCAUACUGAGACCACCACAGACACAGAGCCACCCAUAGUGGGAGAGGAUGUUAAUGACACGUCUCAAGAUGAGCCUGCAUUAUCUAACAGUAUUGAUGAAUGUUCACUACCUGUUCCAUCUUCUCCAGUUCUCGGUGCUCUGAUUCGAGCCAAACAGAGCUCCCUGAGCAGGACGAGAAUGCACAUCGACUCUACUGAGACACCCCAAGGCCCAAGGAGAGGACGAGGAAGACGUGGCAUCCCAAUGCAGAGGUCCUCCUCUCUGCCCUCCUCAGUCCUCUCCCCAUCCAGGGUUGUGUCCUCUGUCAGGAUCCAGUUCGGACAAGGCCAGACAUCCUGCACUCUUCCCAGAUACUCUUUCAGAUACACCCAGACAGAUGGAAAGGACAAGGAAGUAGAGGAGGUAGAGAAGGAGACAGAUGAUGGUCAAACUAACUGUCUGUCUACUCUGGUAAUAAAUCCUGCUUUAUCAACCAGCUCCAACAACCAAGCCCCGAGGCUAAACACAGAUGCCUCUAUCCCACCGAAACCCAUUCCACGCUACCUGUUGAGGUCAUCCUGCUCCCUAAACAGCUCCAGUCCUCCCCCUGAUUGGUCACCAAGUGGCCCUUCCCACUGCUGGAGCACUCAAAGCAUCCCAGAUCUCUCAUCCCAUCAGCAGCCUCCAGGCCACUUCCAAAAUAACAUUUGCACCAACCAAAACCAACAAAGUUGGAAUCAAGGGCAGAUGAUGUUCCCUUAUUCAAAUCCUACUCCUACUACUCAAUAUGUAAACCCAAGCCCACAUCCUAGUCCUAGUCCUAGUCAUAAUCCUAGCCCAUACCCCUUUACUGUGAACCCUCCUCUGUAUUAUCCUCUUCAGCCAUAUGCCAGUCUACCCAACCUUCAUCACCCCUACAGUCAUUCAAUGACCCACCAUUCCAGUUUGAGCAGUCUCCACCAGCCCGCAACUCCCACUGCCCCUUUGCACAGUAGCCUCUCCAAUUUACAUCAGCCCGCUUCUUCCAUCGCUCCUCAACACAUCAAUCUAGGUAGCCUGCAUCCCGAUACUCCCAUAAUACACCACCAGGGCUAUAACCAUCCAUUCAGUCAUCAGUCACCAUACCAUACCUCACCUCAUGGCUCACAGUUUGCUUCACCUUACUUUGCUUACCCUGGCUACAAUACAACCCCCCACCCAGCAUUCCCCCACUCUGCCACCCCGUAUCCACUGGUGCCCCCACAGCAUGGUUUCCACCAAAGUCUUGCUCCCCCUGCUCCAGGCUUCCUCCCAGGCUUGGCCUCACCUUUAGACCAAGGCAACAGCCUCCCCCCAGGGUUCCCUCCUCCUGUCGCUCCAGGUCUGGGACACAGCCAUGGCCCAUCCAACACCGAGAUGCAGCUAAGGAAAGUUCUACAUGAUAUCAGAGGAACAGUUCAGAGUCUGAGUCAGAACCGAGCCAACACUCCAGACACAUUGAGUGAGCACCCAUCUGCUGUUUCCAGUCAACAGUCUUUGGCAGAGUUUCAGCACAAGAGGUGGAGUCUGAACUUGUUCCGCAGUCAGAUGAUGGAUCUGGAGCUGUCAAUCAUUCGACAGCAAGCUCAGGUCUACAAACACCUGAGCCCUGCUGACAGGUUGGAGGUGGAGCAACUUCACUCUCUAAGAUCAGCCGUUAGAGAGCAACUGCAGGAGUUGGAACAACAGCUGGAAGACCGACUGACACAACACAGGGGUCUCCACAGAGACAGCAGUGUUGACAGUCUGUCUACCGCCUCUGCACUAAGAGCCAUGGAGCCGAUGUCAGACCUCCUCAGAGAGCAGGAUUUCCUCCAAUCAGAGCUCAGCUAUGAUGGUCACACUCCCUCCACCACCGUCUCCUCCCGAUUGUCCAGUCCGGUGCUAGGGGCUGGAAGAGACGAAGAACAGGGACAAGGCGUGUACCGGGCAUCAAUCAACAUUACACCUGUCCCUCCACCUCGAGCCAUAACACACACACAGGAAGAGGAGGUGGAGAGGAAGGAGGGAGUAAGAGAGGAAGAGGGGAAAGCUCCCAAGGACAGACUAACAGGUGGAGUCGGGUCGGAGAAUCUUCAGCAGCUCAUCAGAGAGAUUCGAGAAAGCGUAGCAGAGGAGGUCCGGCGGGAGAUCUUAAGUGAGUUGCUGGCUGCCGUUUCAAUGCGGGAAUCGCCCCUGCCCGUCAGUCAACACCCUCUAUAGUCAUUGUAACAGUAGAGCACUGCUAUUUUGGCCUUCAGCCUGAGCAGCACCACUGUCUGUCUAUAACACUGUAAAGCCGAGUAACACUGUCUGCGUGGAACACUAUUUGUCUGUAACACUGUAUGUCUGUAACACUGAUGCUAAAAUGAACACUUACAUGUGAUGAGCCCCCGCCCACCUCACUCGUAGCCCGCUCUGCUCUUAUCGAGCAUGGUCCUUGGUAAGAGGUGGAGGACGAAGCCUCAGACAGAAAACUAUGGAGGACGUUUACACUGUCCAAUAUGUUCGACUGAGAUGGUAUGAUGCAUGCUGGGAACGCUAAUCUGGGCCAGCCCGUUCAUGUCUCCUCCUCCAUCAUUUGCUGUGAGCCAUCAAAAAUGUGUUCUGUUUCCCACAACUGAUUUUCUUUUUCGAAACUGUUGUGAGCCUUCGUAAGCCAGGCCUAAAACUGCGACCACUGCCACUAAUGCUAUGACUACAACUGCUACCACUGCUAUCUAUACUGCUGCCAUUACCACCGCUGCUAAUCCCACUCCUGAAUAUGUCCUGCUAUUUUUCCCACAUAAUACAGCUCAACCACAAAUAAAUAAUAAUAAUAAUAAUAAAUGACAUUCAUAAUAAUAAUAACAACGAUGUUGAUCAUCAGGGAGAAAGCGCACCGUUGGAUUAUUUUCUUUUAAUCUGUGCACUCGUGCAUUUAAUAAGUGUCAUUCCCUUCUGUGUGCUGAGGCUCAAACUGAGUGCUGUUAUUUUUGAAAGUUACUCAUUCCACGCACAUUUCAGCUUCACAGGACGGGUGUUUAGAUUGUUUUAAAGUGAGCAAUUCAUUCAUUAUCAUUGUGCAUUUGUCAACAUUCCCUCAUUAUCAUCAUCACCACUACCAUCUUCUCCUUCACAGCUGAUUCUGUCAAUAUCCAUGUUUUCUCUGAUGUGAUCACAGCACUGUUAUACAGUGUACAGAAACAUUUUAAACUGAGGUUGUCUUCUGGAAAAAGUCGGUACACAUGAGGUUCACUCACACCCUCAGCAGGGUUAGCUAACACUAGCUCCAUUGCUAACUGCUGCUACAUUAUUUCCCUCCUACAUUUCUAUCUCCAAACCUGUAAACAAGACUGUACAGGCACAGUACAUCAGACAGUGUUAUUGGAGGCGGUAUUUCCCCCCCAACUUCCAGUCAUUUUGCUAAGCUAGGCUUAACAAAUCCUGAUAUCUAUUUUUUUUAUGUGUGACAGUUCCUUUAAAGGUCCAGUGUGUAUGAUAUAUGCAUAUUGCAACAACUCCUCCACUCACCUUUCCCUUUCCCAAGUGUGCUUCUGUUCUUAAUUUACAAAAACGUGAAACGCACACACUGGUAUGUUUGUGUGGUCCAGCAGAUGUUGAACUAUUGACACGAUUGAGCAAGAUGGCAGCCACUUGUACACACAUAUUAAUAGGUAGCAUUUUCUAUUUCUGCCAGUAAACCCUCCCAAAUGUUAGAUACUGGACCUUUUGAAACUUAUUGGUUGUAAACAAGCAGGUGAUGAGAUUAGUGUGUGAGGUCAGAGUGGAGGUCAGACUUAGAGGUCAAAAGGAUGCUUAAUGGCUGCAGCAGGUCUUUGCAAGUUGUCAUAGUGAUGGUGGCGAUGAUGAUAUAAUGACCAAUCAAAGAGUUGUGAGAGAGAAAUAUUAGCGGUGUGAGCAUGUUAGCUUCACGCUGUCUGAUGACAAUUCUGUGCAAUAAUACAAACAUGGUAUUUUCCUAAUAACAAAUAUUAUAGUUAAUAAAUGAUCACUAAAUCACUGCUAACAUUUCAGAUGUGAUUGUCCUCUUCCACUUAAAUGCAAACUGUCUACCUGCAUGUCUAAUACAAUAGAAACUAUGGUUUUCUUUACUUUUCACAUAGACUCGACUAAACUGAACAGUCAAUAAUCAAUCACUCGCCAUCAAGCAUGUGUGUGCUGUAUGUGUGGUCACUCAAAAUGUAUGUAUGGACAGUUACUGACGACAGGAAAGUCUCAGUAGUUGAGGUUACACACUUGGCACACACUGUAGCUGAGUGUAAUUGUCCCAUCAGUCCCCCCCUUUUUUAACUCUUUUUUUAAGAAAUAAUGAUUCUGCAAAAAAAACAUUCACACAGACUCACUUUAGGUAUUUUGAUAUUGUCUACUGAAAGCUGAACUUUAUGUACAUUAGUGUUCAUUCAUUGAUCUAUGGGAGCAAUAUGAAGAAAAUCACUAUCAAAGGUCCACUUACUAUAAUCUGGAGUGUUUAUUCAGCAUGUGGGUUUGGCUUAGGUGUCACCACGAGAGCUAAAUGUGAACUUUCAAUCAUGUGAAUUAUUCAAAUAAUUAGGUAUUUUUGACCUUUGAUCUUCGAUUCUCUUCAUCGUUAAUUGAUUUUGUGUUUGUAGAAAACCUGUUUUGUUUUUUGCCAUGUUUUUCGCCUGUGUUGGACAAACACUCACUGUGAGCUCAGAGGCUCGUCAUGCUUUUCUCCUUUUCUUUGUAUUUUUAUACUGAUCAAGGAUCCUUCACACACUUUUAAUUACACUUAACUGUUUGACUGUUGGUGUCUAUUAAUUUCUAUUGAUGCCUGUUAUAGUGAUGUGUGUUUUGUACCGAUGUCAGUGGGAUGCAGGGAGGGAUCACUCUGUAGAGAUGAGAAUAAUAAAGACGUAUUUAUUUUCAGUA